UCUUAAAACAGAACUGUCCGAACUAUCACCGUGACCGCACCGACAAUCUGCGGAUUAAAAAAAAAAAAAUCAUUUGAAUAUUUUUAAUUUAUUUAUCGAAGUUUGUUACUGUUUGUUUGAAUUUUUAUCAAAACCGAUUAUCGAAAAUGGUUUAUGAAAGCGAUUUCUACACAACCCGACGACCCUACACACGCCCGAUUUCUUCGCACUACACCGUGACGGUGAACAAAUUACCUCAUCAUUUACCUUACAUUGCACACAAGAAGCUCGUCAGUGUUAUCCAUACACCUUAUCCAGUUAUUUUUCAUGCGUACACUGUACCCGUGCCAAUAAGAAUUUAUUCCCGAGUAAGACCCAGUGUUAUUGCUGCGGAAUUGCAGAGGAUACGUAAUCAAACACGACCUUCUAGUACUUCUUAUGUGUCGAGAUACCUAAACUCCAAGGAUAAUAUUUUGUUUGAUGAUGAGGCAAGAGAGAUUCGCGCAAGAGCUGACUCAUUACUUCGACGAAUUCAUGUCUUUGUUCCACGACCAACCUCAAGUGAUUUUGCUGAGGUAUUGGUACCCGAACGUAUGCGCAGUGAUGACUACAUAAGACGUGUAUUGACAUCACGUAAAAAUGCUAAAAAAGAUGAACCAGCAAAUUGGUAUGAAUCACCGGAACAUCGUCAAUUCGGAACUGGAAACUUGGCAUCUGUUACUUACACCGGUGGCAAACCCCAUUCACGUAGGAGGCCAUACUACAAAGUUGCCGAUUUACGUGCAGCUGAUGUUCAAAGUGACGUCAAUCUUCUCAGUUACUACGCAAAGAAUCGCCAGGCUGCGGCCAGUGCCUAUCCUGAUCCUCCGCUCACCGAAAGGGAGCUAAGAAAGGCACGUGCAUUGGCGGAAGACCGAGUUUAUCUAGUACCUAGAAAAGCAUCACCAGAUCCAGAACCCAUUUAUAAACCAGAUUUAGCAAAUAUUUAUCAACCGGAACCUAAAUGGUCUCAGGAAACGGAACUGGUUUCAAAAUUAGCACGUGAACCAGAACCAGAACCAGAAUUAGUUAAUGGUCAUGAACAAAAAUGGAUGACUGAAUCAGAAUCAAAAUUAGAAUCUGAACAAGAACUAGAACUAGAAUUGAAACCAGAACCAGAACCAAUUGUUGAGACCAAAACAAAAUCAAAACGAAAAACAGCCAAAACAAAACCGAUAGUUAAUAAUAAGCUAGAAUCAGAACCUGAACCAGUUAAAGAACCUGUACUUGUUGAACCAGAACCAGUGGCAGAACCAAAACCAGUAGCAGAAUCAAAACCAGAACCUGUAGCAGAACCAGAAUCAGUAGCAGUAACAGAAUUAGAACCAGAAGUUACUGAAUUAGAACCAGAACCUGAAAAAGUAGAACCUCAAGUAGAAUUGGAACCGCAAUCAAUUGAGCCAGAAGUCGUAUCAUCUGAAGUUAAGUCAGAACAAGAAAUCGAGGAAACGGAACCCGUAGAAAAAAAUGUUGAGCCAAUAGAAAAUGAGGCAGAGACAGUAGAAAAUGAAGUAGAACUCGUAGAUAAAGAUGUUGUGAUCAUUGAAGAAGGUCAAGACCUUGGUCCGGAACAAUUGCCUCCGUUAGAAAAUGACGAAGGUGUACCAGUUGAACACGGUGACGAAGAAGAAGAAGUUGCAGAGAAAUCAGACUUCUUGCCCGCAGACAAAGUCGAGCAAGAGGUCAACCAAGAAGAAGAUGAUGACGUAUUACAGCGUAAACUUGAUGAAGAGGAAUUGAGAAGGCAAGUGGAGGAACUUAAAAGGCAAGCUGAGGAGGAGAAAAGGAGGCAAGCCGAGGAGGCCAGGUUGGCCGAAGAAAGGUGGAAGGCGGAAAUUGAGGAACGGGUGCGUCUUGAAGAGGAAGCACGUCAGGCAAGGCUUAAGGAAAUUGAAGAACAGGAGCGACUGGAGGCUGCUAGACAGGCUGAGGAAGCGAGAAUCGAAGCUGAACGCAUACGUGAUGAACGCAUUGCUGAAGAACAGAGACGAGCUGCUGAAGAAGAAGCUAUACUGGCACUUGAGGAAGAAGAGCGUUUCGCUAUUGAAAAAGCUUCUGAAGAAGCUCGUAAGCGACAAGAACGUGAGGAAAAAUUGGUCUCCGAAGUUGAUCUUGGGGUAGCAGAUGAUGCUCAGGCUCCUGAAUCGAGUGCAGAUGAGUGCCAUUGCCACGACAAUGUUAACUCGCAUGAUCGUGAGGAAAGGCCGGACAGUCCUGAUGCUGAUGACGAUACUCAAAUUGAAGAAGAAGCUGCUUGUAUAUCAACAGAUCACGAGGAUCUGAGCGAACAUCCUUACGACGGUGAACAUGAAGGUUUUAAUAGUGUAAAUGAUUUAGAUACUCCAGUAGAUAACUCUGUGCGAAUUGAAGAAGAAAUAAACACAGAAGAUGAUGAUGACGAGGUGGCCUAAUUGAUAAUUAAAUUAAAAUUACUUUUAUAUAAUUAUUAUAUUCUUUUCAUGCUACAGCUUUAGCAAUUUUUGAUUAAGAAUAUGAUGCGUAUAUACACACUCAAGCUAAAAAGUAUAUUGUUUUAUAAUGCCGUCCUUCAUUCACCAUCAUCGAGUUGUUUUAUGUAAGAUCAUGUCAUUUUUGUUUUACUGUCAACAAUAAUACAAUUUAGUGUCAUUUUUUUAUUGUUUAUUAAUACAAAUAAUAAUCGUCAAAUGGCUUCUAUGAGUG